AUGGCGCAACGUCGGCGUCCGCCAGGAAACCUUACCGGUCCUGGCAAGUUGGAUGCGGUAACAGACCUCAUGGACAAGUUGACCGAAGACCUCAAAUCUACCCAACUCUCACCUCCCGAACGAGAUUCUGCGCUGGAGGAGCUGAAGCUGUAUGGGCGUGAUCCGAGAGAUGCGCGUCCUAUUUUCACCAACGAGGGCAUCGAGACCCUCACAAGACAUGCCUUCGAUAGCACCUCGGACACCACAUGCAGAAAUGCCCUCAAAGUCCUGUGUAAUGCCUUGUUUCUCCGGUCUGAGACGCGCCAGAUGUUCGUCGACCUGGGCUAUGAGGCCAAGGCCUGCAGUAAACUCCAGAGUGGCAGCUGGAACGACGAAUUCCUCGUGUCCAGACUCAUCCUGCUCACAACCUACGAAACCAACAUCAACCUUGUCAAACUCAUUGACCAGCAUCAGCUAGCCGAUACUAUGGUUCAGAACCUGGAAAGGCAUGCGAAACGGCUCGAUGAGAAAGCCGCCAGGAAGACCGCCUAUUUUGAUCCAAUGGAGGGCAUGGCACUGGAGGAGACGUUGAAACUCCUAUUCAACGUCACCAACUUUUGCAGUGAGCGGGUGAGCAAGUUUGCUCCGGCCGUCUCGCAUAUUGUAACUCUGCUCUGCAAAGACGACAUUCCGGCAACCCGCACGCCGCUCGUCCCUCCUUUCAGUCUCUUCAUCAACGCGCUGGUGAACCUCGAUCUCAGCAGCGGCCCCGCGCAAGCCGCGCUAUUCCCCGCGAGCGAGCCUGAAGUCUCCGCGAACAGACUCAUCGAUUUACUCGAUCUCGCGUUGAAGGCCUACCCGGAGAGCGAGCUCGAACAAACCACGAGUCCGUUGGUCUGCGUCAUACUGAGCGUGUACGAACACGCACCGGACGCGGUCCGACGGGCCACUCAGGGCAGGCUGCUGCCGACUGAGGACGACCGGAAGAACGUGCUCGGCAAGGGAGACACGCUACCAGCGCGGCUGCUACGCAACUCGACCAACGCUCUGGCGCCGCAGCUCCGCACCGCCAUCUCUCAGCUCUUAUUCGACAUGUCUGACAAGGACGCCACCAAGUUUGUCAAGAAUGUCGGCUAUGGCUUUGCGUCGGGCUUCCUCUUCCAGAACCAGAUUCCCAUCCCCGAGGCGGCAUCAGAAGGCUAUGAUGUUAGCAGCGGCAGUUCCGAGGGCGCCAGCAGCAACAUCAGGAAAGCUGUCAAUCCAAUAACGGGCCAGUUCUUGGAUGCCGAGCAGAGCAUCUCUGAGCUCCCUGAAAUGACUGACGAAGAGAAGGAGCGCGAAGCUGAGAAGCUCUUUGUCCUGUUUGAGAGAUUGAAGAAGACCGGCGUCAUGUCGGUUCAGAACCCCAUCGAAAAGGCCGUUCAAGAAGGCCGCUUCGAGGAACUGCCCGACGAUUACGAAGAGGACGGGGACGGUGAUGCCACUACUAAAAAAGUUUGA